UGAUGAUUGACUCUGAAGAAACUUCAUACAGGUUCAGCGUCCAGGGUCCAGGGACGUACCAGUGUGCUGUCACCCGGCUGGUGUUUAACAUGACUCAGCAGGGGCAGCUGUCAUACAGGAUCAUUCAGUGGGACGAGAGCCUCCUGCAGUCAGCUGGAAAGACACCUGCAGGUCCACUUUAUAGCAUCCAGUGCUCUGAGGAUGCUGUGUCUCAGCUGCACCUCCCUCACUGUGAAACACAACCUGAGCUCAUCACUGGGGGCCUGUCUGUUGUUCACUUUACUGAUGAUGGAAUGAGUAUCCUUGAGCCGCUGCUUAUAACAAACACUCAUGUGGUUGUGGAUGUCCAUCACUUCUCUGCCUUUUGGCUUGGUGUGGGAUCUAUUUAAAGGCUUGUUAAACAACCACAGUAUUCAAGGCCAGGUUCUGCUGUUU